AAAUUCUUUUUAUCUUCGCGAAUAUGUACCGUUGUCCCAAUGAACCAGUAAUCUACAUAGAUAGCUGGACAGGAGCUAACAAACUAGAUGCCGGCAUCGACGCUACUCAAACAAGUGCCAGCGUCACCUCGAAAACGCUCGGAACUCACAACGACUGGCGACCUUCUCAAGCGAUCGGAGAUGACGAGUGCACCCCACCUGACAUCGGACAGCGACAGAUGAUAACUUCUCGGCACAGACCUUGGCCUGGAGACGAAAAAGCUCGCAACGCCGCGCGAUGCUUGGGAGGCUCAGGUUAAGAACUCGACUGGAGAUGGGCCUCGUUGCGUCGAUGUGAUGUAUCGUUCGCAGAAGGAAUCUGUGGCUGUGAGGCAAUAUUCAAUACAUGGAAUUUAGGGAAUCAGGCAGUUCGAAAUGAAAUAUGGGCUAGAUAAGGGGUAUAAUGGUGAACUGAGUUCAAGUGAAUCGAGCAUAGAAGUCACUCGGGCCAAUACACUAGAAAAGCAUGCCGAGUGUCUUUGUGAUAAUUAUCCCAUAAAUCCUGACUGAUGUUUUUGGGCUCGUUGUAUAAGUUGAUUUGUUAACCCCGAUUCGCGAAGAUGUAUUUCGUAUCGCCGAUAAUGUGCUCUGGUCUGUAAUCAUUCCUGGACAUUACCUGGGAUGGUCCUGGACACCCUUUGAUCCAAG